AUGCCUUGGAUGCGUUGUGAUGCUAUGAUCAUUGGAUGGUUCACAACCGCAAUGGACAAAGACAUUAGGACGAGUAUUCGAUAUGCUAACACAUCCGCUGCGAUUUGGAAAGAUUUAAAAGAAAGAUUCGGCAAAGAGAAUGCACCUCGAGCCUAUGAAUUAAAGCAGUUGCUUUCUUGUUCUCAUCAAGAUGGAUCAUCCGUUUCUUCCUACUAUACCAAGCUUCGUGGUAUAUGGGAUGAAAUAAGUUCAGUGUUGCCGAUUCCACAAUGCACGUGUGGUCACUGUACGUGUGAGAUUGGAAAAAGGUUAGUUGAUUUUAAAGAAAAUGAGCGUCUAUAUGAAUUUUUGAUGGGACUGGACACUGAGUUUUCUACCAUAAGAACUCAUGUCCUGUCUAUGAAAACAUCACCAACCCUUGGAGAAGCCUACCGUCUCGCGUCUGAAGAAGAACAACAAAAAUAA